AUGAGCGAACAAAUUAUAGAAAUUCCAAGUGAACAAUCCACACCACAUAAUGAAAAAAAAAUUACAAAGAUUGUGUGUUCUCCAAAAUUAAAGUAUGUUGCAACUUGGAGCGAUGAAGACAUGUCAGCUUGUAUAUAUUCUAUUGAAGAUCAAAUGAAUCCGGAAUUUGAAAAAUGCUAUUCAUUAAAAGAACAAGUCGAGCAUGGUCUUUCAGAAGAGAUGAAAAAUGAUUUUUUAAAGGCUAAAAAAUAUGAACUAAAGCUAUCAGAUCAAAAGCAUAUUGUGUUGAUGCCUUAUAAUAAAGGUUACAGACACGCAGCACUUUUUACAUUAGAGCAUACAUUAAAACACUACGAAGUAAAAAUUUUAGAACCCAAAGAUAAUAAAAAAGAAAUAAUUGAAAGUAAUUUUAUAGUUAACGAGGGCGAUUAUUAUUUACUUAUCAGAGGGGAAAAAAAUUAUAAGAAAAAUGAUAGUACUAACAGUAUCACAGGCUAUAUAUUCGAGUUAUGUGGAAAGCUUAAAAAAAUGUUUAGAAUUUCAAAGUAUAACUAUUCAAAAGACCAUAUAGUGCUUCAUAAUAAUGGAUAUAUUUUUAUAUACAAACAUGAUACACAUAUUAUCAUGGCAUGGAACACCAUAACUUUGGAAUCUAUUGCUUAUUUGACUACUGAAUGGGAGAUUAAUUGCAUACGUAACAUAGUAAUAAAUGAAGAAGCAACUCUAUUGGCUAUUUGGAUCAAUAACUUUAUAUACAUAUAUUCGAUUAAAUUUCAGCUUAUGAUAUCAAUCCACAAUGUUGGUUAUAAUAUAAUAAAGUGUCAUUUUAUUUCAUUCGAAGAUAGAGAAUGGUUACUUGUCAUAUGCAAGCAGAAGCAUUUCUAUUUAUUAGACCCUUAUAUUUUCACUGAGAAACGUAAUAAAGAAACAGAGGAAAUAUCCGAAUUAGAAUUAAAUCAACUGUAUUUAAUUAAAUAUAGUAUGGUUUUUUAUAUUGAUGAGAAUAAAUUGAAAGUCCAAAAAUUUCCCAAAUCUUGGAUGUAUAAGCUUAAUAACGUGAACUCUAACUUGGUUGCAACAGAAGUAUUUGAAGAAAUCGAAAAAGAUGAUGAAUCCAUUCCAUAUCAACUUGAUGAUAAAUGGGACAUCAAAAAUCAUCAAAAUAAGGUUAUACUGUCUUAUAAUAAUGUUGAUAGUGUCAAAACUGAUAUACCAUAUUCUGGAGUUAAUAAUGUUGAUAGUGUCAAAAUUGAUAUACCAUAUACUGGAAUUAAAAGAAUUAAACUCUUAAAGAAUAAAGAUUUAUUAAUGAGUAUGAGAGAUGAACAUGAGGAUUGUCCAAGUGGAAAUAUAUAUAUCUGGACUAUUGCUAAUGUCAAAGAAAUACCAAAAAUACGAUUAAGUUAUUUCUGGAGUAGUUCAACAUCAUUUCAAAAGGAAUAUAAAGAAUAUUUACCAUAUUUACCCCCUCCAGAAUUCGAAAUCGAAUUAAAAAUAGAAAAACAUGAAACAAUUCAUGAACUUAAUGAAUUGAUAAUUGAAGAUUAUGCUAAUUCACGAUUUAAAUUAAGUCUUUAUGGAAGACGAUUAAUGGAACAUUUAUUAGAAAAUGAAAAAUUUGAGUUUAUCGAAAUGUUACUGAAAAAUAUAAUUAACUUGACUAUUAAAAAUAGUGAUAAAAGUUUUAUCUCAAAUCUUCCAUUAGUGAAAAUAGUUACUUAUAAUUUUCGCGCACUAAGUCAUUAUUCUGAGAUUAUAAAUUGGUUUUUAUGUAAAAUCGCUUUUUUUGUACCUGAUGACACAUUAUCAGAAAUAAUUAGCACAAAUUCGACUUCUAAUCAUCUUCAAAAAUUUGGUGAAUACCCUAAUAUUUUUGAUAUUUCUUUAAUUUAUCUUAAGAUAGAAAGUUUUUUAAAUCUCGUAGUUACAAAUUUCAAACAUUUCAAGCAUCUCUUGAAAUUUGUAAUACCAUUACCUAAAUUUUCACCACACAAACGAAAGAAAAAAACUGUUAAACUAGUUUUUCCUUUAAUGGGACUUACUGAUUAUUCUAUUGGAAGUUAUUUGAUGAGAAAACUAGACUUUGAAUAUAAUAUUAUGGAAAAAAAAUUUAUAGUAUUUAUAGAUACUUUAUUUGAUGCAUACAGUUCUUUUGGUUUUUCACCAGAGACUAAUUUAUAUGAAUUAUGGAUUGGUGAAGCACUUCUUACUUACAAAUGGAACACUUACGGAAGGGCUAUCCAUAUUACGACCUUAAUUAUUCAUAUUUUUUGCCUUAUUUGUUUUGUGCUUACUGUGAUUUCUUAUGAUCAAAUUCGACCAUUUAUUCGAUUAUUUAUACUAUCUAUUGUUAUUGUAAUUACAUUUAUUGAUUAUAUACUAGACUUGAUAUAUUUGAUUUAUGAAUCACGAAUGAGAAAAAUUGAUAUUUUAUUCUUUACUGCUGAUACUAUAGCAACUUACUUUAUGCUAUUUGCAGCCUCAACUAUAAUUUAUUAUAAAGAUUCAAAAUCAUAUUCAGGCUGGUUUUAUAGUAUUGAUAAUAAUUAUCUUAAUCUUAGUGCAUAUAUUACUUUCGCGAUUUUAUUACUUGAAUUGAAAAUUUUAUUAAAUAUUCAUACUUUUGAAUUUUUUGGAACUGAAUUUGCAAUUAUAUUUGGUGUAUUCAACGAAGUACUUCCUUUUAUCGUCACCCUU